GCUGCAUUGACUUCAUUCGAGAGGCUUUCCCCCUCGUGCGGUUUAUCCACCUCGAAUCACUUUAGUGGCGGCGGCUGCACUCAGGACUAUUCUCUCCUCUGCCACCGGGCGGCGCUGUUGGGACCAAUGUCAUGGCCGUGGACCUUUUCGUCUCCAAGCUCCCCUCGCAUGCAAGCAGCUCCAUGAUGGAUAUGGCUCCCGCGGCUAUACGUAGCCACGGAAUGGGAGGGACUACCCACCUUCCAGCCUUUCCAUUGGCUUUACAGUCCGCACGGCGGAGAGGGGGGUGCCUCUAAUCAUAUCCAGCAUGUUUUGCACAAGAAAUGUCAGCCAGAAAGCGCUAUCUUCUCCCUUCGCCAAAAUACACCACAAUAAUGUCAUGUUCAGACAGUCCGUCAGGAAAUGCGUUUUUAGUGGAUUCUCUGAUCGGUGGCCGCACCGAGAGCGGCGGAGGUCACUAUGCCGGGAGCGGGGUGUGCAUGCCUCAUAGCGCUGCUACAGAAGUGCCUUACGGACUACACAACUAUGGAUACUUCCCAGGUAUGGGGAAGCGCGGCGAGCUGGGUCCCCAAAACAUGGUCUCCGCCUCUGGUGCGUACAUGUCCAGCAUGGAAAUGUGGAUGGACGCGCAGAGGUCAUGUCGAAUGGACCAAGAACACCCGGUGGGACCCCAGGUCGCACCCUGCGCGUUCCCGCAAAGUAUUAAGGAGGAGAGCACCUACUGUCUCUAUGAGCAGCCGAAGUGCCCCAAAGCCUCAACCGCCGAAGAUUUUACAUAUUCGAGGUUAACAGCAGCCGGCCUGGGCUCGAGUUCUUGUACAGUUACCGAUGGCGGCGGCGGGGGCUCAGUGCCUGUGCCGGGCUACUUCCGCUUGUCUCAGACGCACGCACAUUCUCAUAAACUUUACAACACCACCAGCCCCCAGCCGAACCCUUCCCAUUCUCAUUUUGGCCUACACCCCAUUGCUCCCGCUCGCUUCCACACGCCACCAACUGCUCCAGCCACCACGACGCAGGAAGGGAGGAACAGCGAGGAGCCCGUGUCUUCGGGACACGCCGACCUGCAGCCUCACGCUGCACCGGGGACCGAGGAGGCACGCGAGUCCUCGGAUGCAGAAGUCUCUUCAGCUGAGGAGACGGAAGCGCACCACAAAGAGAGACCAGUAAAGACAAAUAAAGGAAACACAAAAAGUGAAAAGACGGCCAACUGGCUGACAGCCAAAAGCGGCCGGAAGAAACGAUGUCCAUACACCAAGCAUCAGACACUGGAGCUGGAGAAGGAGUUCCUCUUCAACAUGUACCUGACCCGAGAGCGCCGCCUAGAGAUCAGUAAAAGCGUCUACCUGUCGGACCGACAAGUUAAAAUCUGGUUCCAGAACCGCAGGAUGAAACUGAAGAAAAUGACGCGGGAAAACAGGAUCCGGGAGCUCACCUCCAACUACGGAUUUUCCUGAUUAAUAAGGUGAUCACAUUGAAAUAGAAGACCACAUGGUGAAACCAAUGUCCGCCACCCUUCCUCGCCACUCUGUCCACAUCAUGACUCAUUUCACAUGUGGUUUAUUUCCAGACACGCUUAAAGUCGAUGUACCGUCCUCGGUGAGCUACUGAAAAGGGAAAAUAGUGAAUGUUACGAGUUCUAUUUGAUUGUUUUCCGAUGCUGUGUUUUUCUAUUGUCGACCUGUCUCUUUCACUUCUGUUGUAUGGUGGAAUAGUGUCAUCAGUGGAGUUAAAUUAACGCAAUUCCCCCAAUACAGUGUGCCCUGGAAGGUGGCUUGAAAUUACCACUUAUCUCCCCACACAUAACAUAUCUUUAAAUUUACUCCCCCCAAUAAAAUAAUUUAUUUUUCUUUAAUUGGAAUUGCAUGAUAUAACGUUUUCUCAUUUUUAAAAUUACAUUUUAAACCACUGGGAUAUAACGCCCAUGUAUCACCAAGGGAAGAAUAAUUCCCUUUUGACCAUUAGAUGUAGUCUACCAUAAUAUAGGCCUUUUUCUAUAAGUGUGAGCUAAAUGUUUGAGCUGAAUCUUUAAUCACAUUGAGGACGUUUACAUGAGAACGGUGUGCAAAGUGAAGUAGGGAUGUUUUUAUUGUAUAUUUCUGUGUACAUAUGACAUUGUGUUUUUUGUGUAAUGCUUAAUAAAUUAUCAGCUGGCA